UGACCUAUGGCUGCCGAGGAGCCUAUCAGCUUCCACCGUCCGUCCCGAAGGUGGAGACUAAACCAGAGGUCACAGAGAAGUCGAGUCCCGUCCAUUACCCAUCAUGCACCACGGCAAGCUCCGAGCGACCGGCCUUUAGACCCAGCCCCGACACACACGCAUCCCUCUCCUCCCCCUCUCUCCCUGCCCUCCCUCCCCUCUAAACAUCGUCCCUGAUGACCCCAUGGCUGGUAUGAUGACGCUGUUGGCUGCCAGUCAGAUGCCCCAGGCUGCCCCCCCUGCCCUACCCACCCUGCCCCAGACAGAGGCCUCCUCGCUGGGGAGAGACGUGGCCAGUCCUGGGUGUCUGGAGGUCUGGGCUCUGGAGGGGAUGACUCUACUCAGCGACAUGGCCUCACUAGAGAUGGAUAGGAUACAGCUGGAGCAGGGUGAGGUGUUGUGUGGUCUUGACAGCCUGUUAGAGGCAGGUAGAAAGGUGUUGCUGGAGGCCAUUGAGAGCCAGUCUCACAUCGACCUCCCCAGACAACUACACCCCAGCAAGACCUACAGCUGGAGGAUGAGGACAGACCCACAGGAGCAGCUCUUCAGUAAGCUGUGUGUGGAGGUGUGUGAUGGAGGGGAGUCUCAGCAUCGGAUGAGAUUAGCGGAGCUACAGAGGCAGUACAAGGACAAACAGAGACAACUGGACCGGCUGCAGAGACGCUCUGACACCCAAGAGGUUCAGCAGCAGGAGAAGGAGAGGCGGAGUCUAACCAGACGUGGGCGGGGCCGACCUAGGAAGAGGAAACGUGUAGCGACGCCCCCUGGCAAGAUGGAGUCCCGGACAGGGAAACCUGGCAGGACAGUGCGGUACUCUGAGGUGGGGGAUGGAGGGAGGAAGAGGUUCCACUGUUCCAGAGGGGAGGAGGAUGAGAUGGAGGGAGGAAGAGGAGAGAAGAGGAGUUGGCAGGAUCAGGAGCCGUCCACUAGUCACUCUCUGGAGGUCUUUAAGGCUCGUCGUGUCGGUCUAUGUGACCAUGAGCAGCUAGCCUGUGACCUGGACAGAGCUCUCUCCCUGUCCGUACUCAGUAGCAGCCGCCGGACGCCCUCUGACCCCGGCGGGAGGGAUGGAGGGUGAUCCCCGUCUGGAGGGAAACAGAAGGUUAGAGGUCAGAGGAAGACGGUUUCUCCUCCUCUUCCUCACUCCUCUCAACGCUCCAGCUACGACUACAACUCUGACUCUGAAGAGGAUGUCCCCCGGGGGGGCUGUCACCCCUUCUCAGGGUUGCGACCCCACACAACCCCGCCCAGGAAGAGACCGUCCCCCUCCUCGUCCAAUCAGGCGGCUCGGGAGAGGAAACAGAAGCACUUA